AUGAAAGAAUACUUCUGCCAACAUCCUGAAAUAAUAGUUAUUGAUCCUUUGGAUAAUAUUAGCAUUUUAAUAAAUCGUUAUAAAUCUUAUGAAAUCUUGCAAGAACAGUUACAACUUAAUGGUAUUAAGUUCCCAUUUCUUUGUAAACCACUUGUCGCUCAGGGUUCAAAUGAUGCACAUAAGAUGAUGGUAAUUUUUAAUGAACAGGGUGUAAAAGAUUGUCAGCCUCCUUGUGUAGCCCAAGAAUUUGUCAACCAUAAUGCAAUUCUUUAUAAAAUAUAUAUAGUUGGAGAAAAUUUUCAUGUAGUUGAAAGACCUAGUUUCAAAAAUUUUUAUGAAAAAGACUGUACUGCAUUAAAUACAAUAUUUUUUAGUUCUCACGAUAUAUGUAAGAGUGGUUCCAAAUCUAAAUGGUCAAUUCUUACGGAAGAAGACAUUCCAAUGACAGUAAAACCAAAAUAUGAAAUAUUAAAAAAAAUUGUCAAAAGAGUUACAGAACUUUUUGGGUUACUUUUGGUUGGUGUAGAUGUUGUUAUUGAAAAUCAUACUGGAAAAUAUGCAAUUAUAGAUGUAAAUAUAGACAUACAACAACAUUCUAAAAGUUAUACAUUAAAAAAAUGUUUAAGUGAUGAUUUAGAUUCUGGUUUUGAAAGUGAUGAAAAAAAGAAGUAUUCUACAAAGACAAAUAAAUAA